AUGGCAGCGAUUGUUGGUCAUGGCUUCAAGCCGUGGAUAUCGCGGCCAGACACGAACGGCGUCAUUGGGAUUGCCAAGUCAUGGACAGCAACGGAGCCGCAAGCCAACAUCGAUGCCAAACCGGGGGAGAUGCCAGCUCGACACGACGAAACGCCCAGUUUGGUCGUUGAGCCUUUGGAGAAGUUCGAUUGGCAGGCAACAGAGCCCACCAUAUACCUGCCCAUCAAGCCGGUGUACCACAUCACCAUGGCUCUUCAACAAGACACGCCCUCGAGGCUCAUCACCAUCGACAGAGACUACCUAGACAGGGUGACCCUUCGGCGUAGUCUCAUUGACGAAAAGGGCCACGCAGUCCACGGAUACCUGCCCCGAGGCAAAGAGUCCGUGGCCGAGCUGUACACGUACCUCUUGCGAGACUACUUGCCCGCCCGGUACCCCACAAUGUUCAGAAUAGGCCCGGACGGGACCGUUUUCGAAAACACGGUAACGGGUAGAACAUUCCCCAUCCAACCGCCGGAAGAUGCAGACGCUGCCCUUCGAACACUGGGAGAGACAGUCGAGGAGGAUCUGUUCCUCUUGCAUGAAACAUCCGGCGGUCAUCUCUGCGUGGCCUUCAUGUGCUGUUUCCCGUCCGGGUUUGAUCCGUCCGAGAAGUUCGGCAACUUACUCAAGGACAUACACGCUCCCGUCCCGUCUUACUCCAAGAUUGGCACGAGUAUGGAGCGAUUUUUCAGCAAGCUUCAGGUGGGGAAAAGCGUGAAGCGGUUAAAUUGGUCCGUUCAAACCAAUAACGAGCUGUAUACGCUGGGAAACCACAUCAAAGACGACGCGGCGGAGGUUGUUUCGGAAGACAGCAUAGAUGUGAACCAGACAUAUCUCCGCGUGGAGCUCCAAACCUUGACGCGGCUGCCCAGGACGCAAGCCGUCUUGUUCUCGUUCAAGACGUACCUGUACGGUAUUCGACAAAUCAGAGAGCAGGGGUCAGGCCCAGAGCUGGCCGAUGCUAUUGAGGGCUUGAAGUCGGGGAAUGCACCGGGCAUGUGGAGGUACAAAUCGGCAGUUCGAUGGGGGAAGCCGGUUUGCGACUAUUUGCGGUCAUGA